CCCAACAAAAAAUGACACCUCAAUAACAAUUACAACAGCCAAUCAGGAAUAAUCCUGGAGCAGCAAAUCACAAGAAAAAAGCAAGCAAGGUGAAUUUAGUCGUAAGUUAAAUGCGUGAGUACAUAUGGUGGGUAUAUUAAAAAUAAGGUCUAAUUGUGUGCAUUGCCGUAAUUUUUAUCCGAAUAGGAGAUUGUUGAUUGAAUAUGGUGAAUUUAUCAAGGAAGAGUUUAAUUGUCAGCUGGCACAUAUAUUCACUCCAGGGUAAUUUUUUAGGUAAAUUCAAUGUCCUGCUUAACCCAUUUAUGCCCGACAUAAUCACAAGCAAUGCCCUCCAAGGUAGAUCAUCUUGAUCUUGGGUUGAGUCUUCAUAAGUUUCUCCGGAACCUGCGAAGGCUUAAAGCCACUACUUGUAACUGAUGUAAUUGACGAUUUUGUGUGCCAAGAAAAAGGUACAUACCCGACCUCUUAUCCUGAAAGAAUCUUAGCUCAACUGAUCCGUAAACCCCUGCUUUCAGCAUACUUGGUCAUGUACAAGGUUCUGGUUGGCUUUUGAGCUAAGCAAACCUGCAAGAAAGAUUCUUGCGUCAGAUAGUAUUAGAUUAAACAGAUAACUAAUGUUUAUUAAAUGCUCAUAUUAAAUGAAAAGAUUUCAGUUUCUCAUCCCUUUCGGCGUGCUUGCUCUGAGGUAAAAAGCUCUCAGGUCAGGAAUAAUCAGAGAGCUAACAUUCAAUUCAAGAGAGACAGAAAGAGAAAGAGAGACAACUGAUGCAUUAAACAUCAGUACUGUCGCUGGCUAAGUUUGUUAGCAUAAAAUCAAGGGUCACUGAAAUUUUCAUUGUAAAAUUCUAAUCCACUCAUUUAAGAGCCACCUGCCCUUUUUUUCUUUGUUUUGGAUUUCUUCUGCAGCGCCUACAUCAUAAAGCAUCUGUUUUUGUCUAGUUCAGUAAAGUAACGAAAAAGUAAAACUCCAAUAGAGCCCCCCGUUUCCCUUUGGUCUAAGAGAGUCGAACAAAAAACUUAAGCUGUUAUGGAUAGUCUUCCUCUUCCCUUCAUCAUCUUCCUGAUCACCCUCUUCACUCCCCUGCACACUUCAUCAGCCCCUGGCUCAGCAUGCCGGUCCACAUGCGGCUCUCUUCAGGUCAAGUACCCCUUUGGCACCGGCUACGGCUGCGGCUCUCCCCGGUUUCAACCCUAUGUAACUUGCAGCUCCGACCGUCUCCUCCUGACAACUCAUACAGGCUCUUACCCCAUCACCUCCGUAUCUUACAAAGAUUCAACCCUUAUCAUAACCCCGCCGUACAUGUCCACAUGCAGCUCCAUGCAACAAUCACUCAACUUGGGCCUUGACUGGGCCAGCCCUUUCCAGCUAGGUCCAUCAAUUUUCCUCCUCCUCUCCUGCACUCCCCCUACGUCCUCCCUCACCAUCAAGGGCUCUCCUGUCUGUGAUCCUUCCUCCUCAGACCUCUGCGCCUCUAUCUACUCUUGCCCUUCCGUCGUCAGCCUCGGCCUCCAUUUGUUCCCGCCUACCAACACUUGCUGCGUGUACUCGCCGGCGAAUUUUAACAGCAAAGGUGAGUUGGACCUGCGUGCAAUGAAAUGUAUAGGGUAUGCAUCAAUUGCCUCUUUUCAGGAUUCUCCAACAGACCCUAGUAGAUGGCAGUACGGGGUGACAUUGAAGUAUACCAAUGGAGCGUUUGAUGAUUAUUACAUGAACAACAAAUGUAAUACUUGUGAGGAUAGUGGUGGUCUUUGUGGAUAUUCUCCUCCUAGUAAUUCAUUUGUCUGCGCAUGUAAGAAUGGCUUCAAUACAACUACAGCUUGCUACAAUAACUACAAUCCGAUUCAGGAUGACGAGGAUCAGGGGAUUACUUGGAGUUCCACUUUAUUACCAACCUGGAAGAUUUGGCUGGGAUUAUUAGCUGGUCUGACUUACUGCCUUGCUGCUUGAGAGCGAGAGAGAGAGAGAGAGAGGAAGAAUGGGCAAGCAGGAGAGGGGCCUCAGUCUUUUUUGAAGCAUCUUUUCCUUCGGUUUUUUUUUUCCCUUUUUCUAAUAUGCUGCCCUAGCUAUGUUUGUAAGUAGUAAAUCUUCUGUUAGACUCUUAAGAACUAUGCUCCCACUUGGAAAAGUUGUUAAGAUAAUGUUUAGCCAAAAAGGAAGUAUGGACGACACGAAACUGUCCGACCACAAUGUAAACCAAUAACAGGUUUGCUGCACGAGGACUUGUCAAGACAUCAUCCCCAUCGGAAUACCCUUUUAUUCAAAGCGAGCUUAAUUGCAAAGUUCUGGUUCAAUUAAUGAAAUCUGUACAUUGAUAUUGGUAUAUGAUCUUGCGCCUGUAUAAUUUGAUCCAAUGUCAAAUUGCGAAGUGCCAAAUCCAGUACAGAUUGUACUAGUUUCUUUGCAAAUUAUCAACCUUUUUUCA